AUGGCAGCGCUCUGGGGCUUGAUCUCUUCACGAAGGAAUACCAAAGCGAAUGCUUCGGCGCCAUCGCGGGACUCUAGUCAGCCUCAACAAAAGAAGAAUGUACGUGGGUUUCGUGAUUUGAACGAUGCAGAAUUAGGACAAGUUGCAAGCAUUCUCUGUCACCAACCCGCGCCAAAUACAAAGACGACCAAAUUACAGAUGCAAAACUACCAGCUGCUCGUCAGAAGUCAAAUCAAACAUCUACCAGCGCAUCUUCGAGCUCAAAACCUCCAAUCCCCUUUUCCAACGUGCAAGACGCACCAAGGGCUAAACUCCAGAAUCGCUCAAAGCAUUUUUGUGUGGAUCCAGGAAGAAGUCGAGAUCAACGUCCCAACUCUUCUGCGGAUCCUCGAAGGAACUUAUUGUGAUGGGGACAUUGUCAGGACAGGGCGUGAUGUCAAUCCGAGGUGGUCCUUCCAGAACGAUGGCUGUGCGUCAUGCAUGCUUGCGAGAGUUGGUGGAGAAGCCGAUAUUCUUCUCGCUCUGAAAGGUAGCAUGACGGCGACCACGUCGCCGACGGACGUUUCGAAGAGCAGGCGACAUCUGUACCUUGACGCGUUGAUCGCAAAAAAUUUCGACCCAAAGGUCUCGACGAUGAUUUUCCAAAGCGCCGAGAUCAUACGAUUGAAGGUGAAAGAACACACGUGCUUCUUGGGACGUUGGGAACCUGAAAACCAAGGAGAAAGACGCAGCAAAUUUUCGGGAGUGCAAACGACAAAGCAGGACGGUGACAGUCCAUCAGGCAUUGAGCACUCUCGUACUAGAAUAUCCGUCCCAUGCGCUGCGUCUUGUGAUCACUCAGACAACGACUCUUCCGAACAGUACACACCCAUCAUCGACAUAAUCGACGAAUAUCGGGAAACUCUUCGUAUCCGGGACACCAGCGAAACCAUUCAGCUUGCAAGGCGCGUGGAGGAUCUCGAAGAUUAUCCUUUUGUCAUUGAUCGGGGGGUCUCAAGCUCACCCCGCUCUGCUUUCGAUAGAGCAUCAAUGUCGACAAGUCCGGCUACUCCUCCAUUUGGCCAUUAAAAAUUGACAAGAUCGCACUUGAAGCAUUAAUACACCCCGAAAUGAUAAAGUUGCGUGGUACAAAGACCUGAGUUAUGUCGCAGAGCUAGGGCUGGAACAGUUUCUAAGCCCACUUGAUUAAAGACUAGGGCUAGCUUCGUCAAU